UUGUUCUGUAGACCAGGCUAACCUGCCUUUGCCUCCAGAGUGCUGGGACUAAAGUCGUGCACCACCACAAACCACCCGUGGCUUUCACACUUUAAAAAAAGCAUUUUGAGGUUUGUCUGUCACUAGCUUGGGCGGCUUGUCCAGCAUGAAAGCUGUCUAUGACAAGCGAUGACACGCAAAAUAAACAUUAUGCUCACAACCCUCGGCCCGGUUGGAUACCCCUGGGGUGUGCCCAAUACAAUCCUAUAUGUGGCCCAGACACCCCGGUAGACACCACUACACGCCCAAAGUCCCUCAGAAACCAUACACGGGGCAGGGAUGAUAUCAGGAACCGCCCUUUCUCUCCUGCAGAUGCAGGGCCGCACUAUCCCCCUACUGGCCGACCCGGGUCAAGCAAUCGCCUUCAUCGGGAAGCGCCUCCAUCUCUAGACCCCUCUAACCGGCUGGGGCCUUUCUCGCUGGUACGUUAGGCGACACCCCAGGGCGGACGCUUCUCUAGCGCCAGGGGGCGCGCGGCUGUUCAGGGGCCCUUCUGGCCUGCGGCGGCAGCUCGACUGCUCCGAGGCGGCCCAGGUGAACCUUUGCGUUUCUCUGCAACGUGCGGGGUACCGCUGGAGCUGCUACCAUGGAGGUGCCGGUGGGCCCCGGGCCCCGGCAAGCUGGCGGAGGACUAGGCGCGACAAGAUCCACGUCCUCCGGCCGCGCGGCGCGGACCGGGACCGCGGAGAUCCCCUGGGCGCGCUUCUCUGCCUGGCUGGAGUGCGUGUGCGUGGUCACCUUCGAUCUGGAGUUGGGCCAGGCGCUAGAGCUAGUCUACCCAACUGACUUCCGGCUCACAGACAAGGAGAAAAGCAGCAUCUGCUACCUGGCGUUUCCAGACUCCCACUCAGGGUGCCUGGGAGACACUCAGUUCAGUUUCCGUAUGCGUCAGUGUGGGGGACAAAGGAGCCUCUGGCAUGUUGACGAUAGUUCCUAUAACAACAAGGCCCCCUUGGCAUUGCAGAGGGAGCCAGCGCACUACCUGGGCUAUGUGUACUUCAGACAGGUGAGGGACAGCUCUGUGAAGAGGGGCUACUUCCAGAAGUCAUUAGUGCUGGUCUCCCGCCUGCCUUUCGUCCGGCUGUUUCAGUCACUCCUAAGCCUGAUUGCCCCUGAAUACUUUGAGAAGCUGGCACCCUGCCUGGAAGCAGUUUGUAAUGAGAUUGACCAAUGGCCAGCCCCGGUGCCUGGGCAGACCCUGAACCUACCUAUCAUGGGAGUCGUCAUUCAGGUGCGCAUCCCAUCCAGGGUAGACAAGCUGGAAUCCCCUCCAAAGCAGUGUGACCAAGAGAACCUGCUGCCUGCUCCAGUUGUCCUCGCUAGUGUCCAUGAGUUGGAUCUGUUUAGGUGCUUCCGACCAGUGCUAACCCACGUGCAGACCCUGUGGGAGCUCAUGCUUCUUGGGGAGCCCCUAGUGGUCCUGGCACCCUCACCUGAUGUGUCUUCAGAGCUGGUACUAGCCCUAACCAGCUGCCUCCAGCCCCUGAAGUUCUGCUGUGACUUCCGUCCCUACUUCACCAUCCACGACAGUGAGUUCAAGGAGCUCACAACUCGAACCCAGGCUCCACCAAACGUGGUCCUGGGAGUCACAAACCCUUUCUUUAUCAAAACACUCCAGCACUGGCCUCAUGUCCUACGAAUUGGGGAGCCCAAGAUGUCAGGGGACCUACCUAAGCAGGUCAAGCUUAAAAAACCCUCACGGCUGAAGACCCUUGACACCAAGCCAGGCCUCUACACCUCGUAUACUGCCCACCUCCACCGGGACAAAGCACUGCUUAAACGACUGCUCAAGGGCAUACAGAAGAAGCGGCCAUGGGAUGUGCAAAGUGCCCUGCUGAGGCGGCACCUGCUAGAGCUCACACAGAGUUUCAUCAUCCCUCUGGAGCACUACAUGGCCAGCCUCAUGCCACUACAGAAGAACAUCACACCCUGGAAGAGCCCCCCCCAGAUACGCCCCUUCCGCCAGGACGAUUUCCUAAGAAGCCUGGAGCAUGCAGGACCCCAGCUCACCUGCAUCCUCAAGGGCGACUGGCUGGGCCUCUACAGACGGUUUUUCAAGUCCCCCCAUUUUGAUGGCUGGUAUCGGCAACGACACAAAGAGAUGGCCCAGAAGCUGGAGGUUCUGCACCUGGAAGCUAUUUGUGAGGCGAACAUCGAAGCUUGGAUGAAGGACAAGUCGGAGGUGGAAGUGGUCGACCUGGUCCUGAAACUUCGGGAGAAGCUGGUACGGGCACAGAGCCACCAGCUCCCUGUGAAGGAGGUGACACUGCAACAGGCUCAGCUGUACAUUGAUACAGUUAUUGGCUCCCUGCCCAAGGACCUGCAAGCAGUCCUGUGCCCUCCUUAGGACAGGGCCAACUUGUGUGGUCCUGGGGGCCUAAGUCUGCCAAGUUCCCUCUCCCUUGAAAGGCAGGCCUCCACCAAGCUGGGGCUCCCAGCCUUGAGCUCCUACCUCGGCUUCAGCCCCCUCCCAGAACCACCCUUGUCCCAGCAGUAAAAUGACAUUUGGAAUGACAGUCUGGUCCCUGACUAUUGAGGGAUUCUGUGCUGGCACUGCCUCACUUCUUCCUGGGCCCCACCUGUCCUCCACAGCUGGAGAUGGGAGUGGUCUAGUGGCCCUCACUGAUGUAGGUGCCUUCACCACCUGCCCCCUCCUGACUCCCAUCUGCCCACACUCCAGGAUGCCUUGUGUUGGGGGUCCUUUAGCCCAGCAGGCUUCCCAGCUCAGAGAAGAGGGAAGCAGCUGCCAGGGUCAGCUCCUUUCCUUUACACACGACUCGUUCUGGGGAGGGACGGGUGCUUUGCUUGGGAAGCUACUUGAGAGGGCAGAAGUUCUUUGUCCUGUGAGGACCUAAAUCUCCUUCCUGCUGUGACUGGUCAGGAUGAGAGAGUAGUGAGGGAUGGUGUGAGGCCUGGCACCCCACUUGCAAAAGCCAGCUCAGGCUGUUCUUUGAGGUCCCCAGCACAAUCCUUUUUCCCUUUCUUGGAACACCCCCUGAACACCUGCUCCAUGAAUUUCACCCAGGCUGCCAAGGGAUACUCCAGCUUUUCCUCCUGUGUCUGCCCCUCCCCCUGAAGCUUGAGAGGCUUUGGGCUGUAGCCUGAUGCUAUAUGGUCUCGGUCUCUCUCU